AGUGUAUAUUAUAGUGCAAGACUAAAGGCCUCUCACGACCGGAGGGUUUGCGAACAAUCACGACGUUUGCCAUACGGAUUGGUGAUCGCGGUAGAUGUUUCGGUACUCGAAAAAGGCAACGUGUUACACACCAAACAAAGCAAACAAAUGCCGGCCGAACCUCACAGAGUAUGCUGGUAAAAUUUUAACAACAUUCGAGGUGACCUCGAAUUCUGGUUCGCAGAGUGUGUAGAGACUCUGUGGCGAUCGCAAGACUCGACUCCAGUUUUUGCAAGUUACUUAUAGGUAGAAGGUAAAUAAUGGCUAAAGUGACAGUAAGCGAAGGUACAUUAAGAGGCUCAAAAGUGAAAACGGACAGCGGUGUUGAGUAUUAUGAGUUCUUGGGUGUUCCAUAUGCAAAGCCACCGCUGGGAAACUUGAGAUUUAAGAGUCCUCAGCCUCCAGACUCCUGGGAAGGCGAGCGAGAUGCUACAUCCAUUGACAUUGAAAACACUUGCUGCCAAAUGGAGAUGAAGCAAGGAAUCCAUCAAGGUAGCGAGGAUUGUCUGUAUCUCAAUGUUUAUACACCAACGCUACAAAAUUCCAAUUCAAAUCUUCUACCGGUGAUGUUCUUCAUUCAUGGAGGUGGAUUCAUUUACGGCAAUGGCACUGUCAAAGAGGAAUUAGGACCGGACUAUCUAAUUGAAAAUGGUGUCGUCGUGGUGACAAUAAAUUACAGACUGGGCGUAUUUGGCUUCUUACAAUUGGGCAUCCCAGAAGCAGCCGGAAAUAUGGGCUUGAAAGACCAAGUGCAAGCGCUAAAAUGGGUGCAGAAUAACAUCGAUAAGUUUGGUGGAGAUCGCAACAACGUAACAAUUUUUGGGAUAAGUGCUGGAUCAGCUUCAGUGGAAUACCAAAUGAUGUCACCGUCAGCAAAAGGGCUUUUUCACAAAGCGAUUCUUCAAUCUGGAUCCAGCCUCAAUCAUUGGACAAUAAAUUUUGAACCCAAGAAAACAAUUCUUGAAUUAAUUAAGUUGAUGGGAUACAACGGUAAUACUGAUGACGACCAAGCUAUAUACGAGUAUCUGUUGUCGAGUCCUACCUUCCUAAUAGUGGAGUCUUGCUAUAAACUAUUAGGUGGGAGGCUUUUCCUUGGAUUUGUUGCGACUAUUGAAAAGGAUUUUGGUAAUAACGAAGCGUUCCUAACUGAGAAUCCUUACAGAAUAUUAAAAGAAGGCAGAUUCCUUAAGGUACCAGUCAUAAAAGGGUUUUGUAACAAGGAAGGCUAUUUAACAACCGUUCUAUAUCCGAAAGCCGCCGAUAAUUUAGUUGAGAACAAGAAUUUCAUACAGAAUUGGACUUACGAGAUGGAAGCGAACGACAAGGAAAGAUGGAACUCGAGCCUUUUAACCGCUUAUACCGAAGAUAUACAACCAGGUGAUGAAUGUGACAAAGUAGCCGUUGACUUCUUUGGUGAUUUUGAUUUUAUAGCAGGAAUUUGGUUGAGUGGCGAGCUGAUGGCUAAUUUAGGAGUACCGGUAUAUUUUUAUGAACUUUGUUACGCAGGUAAUAUUAACUUUUUAAAACAUUACUUUGAUCUGAAGAAAGAAGGCACGGCCCAUGGUGAUGAUUUAGCUUACAUUUUUAAACAUACGAUAACGAAAUUCGCCGACGAAAAAGACAUUGCAGUGAGGACAAACUUGACGAAACUUUGGACAAAUUUUGCGAAAACAAGUGUCCCUACCUCAGAUGACAUUGCCGUUCGGUGGCCUGCGUACAACAAAAGCUCUGCAGUCUACAUCAGCAUAAAUGAAGACAUAACAAUUAAAUCAAACUACGAACCGAAAAAAAUUACUUUAUUCAAGGAGAUCUACGAAAAGUAUGAGAAAUGAAACAAAUGUGAAUAUAAGAUACAUUUAUAUUUGAAUUAAUAAUAAAUGCUUAUAUAUUAUAA